AUGGUAGCAACAGACGCGGUAUCCGUGUUCACUGAGGGCACGUUCUCAGAGCAGAUCCGCGAGCUUGUGGACUACCUGGCGCGCAGUCAGCCAGAGGAAGCGCAGCCGGCCUAUGUUCAGCCUUUCGCAGAAAUUUUAGAGACAACUGAGGGACAAGUAGCUAUUGAGGAAGAUCAAUCAAGGCGGGAAAAAGUCUUUAUCAUGGUGCUAGACGAGGUGAAGGGACUGGGAGAGGGCUCGGAGAAAGAAAUGGAGGGAUUUUUCAACCUCCUCUUCUCACAUCUUGUUUCUCUGCUUGCCCUCGAUGCUGCUGAAACUAGAGAACAUAUCACGAUUCUACUGCAAACGAUCGCUACCUCUUCCGAUCAGACGCUUAUCAAAUACCGAAUACUCUCCAAUUUUUUCAAUACCCUCCCCCGCCCAUCAAGCCUAAGGCUGCUCGUCUAUAGAACACUGCUUGAGAUCGCCAGUGCACAUGACGAACUCGGGAGCCUUAAUCUCUCACGCACAGAAGUAGAGAAAUGGCUUCAGGAGUGGGAUGUCUCCUCAGAGGAGAAGAGCGCCUUUCUCCAGCACGUCGCUGCCUCAUUCUCCAAGUGCGGAUGUUCGGAAAUCUCAUAUGAGUACUUUCUAUCCUACGUUCGAUCCCUCCCUUCUUCCUCUUCCUCUGCACAAUCAGCCGCCAUUGACGCCAUCGCCGCCGCUCUGCGCCUUCCCCACCUCUUUGACUUCGAUGCUCUUUUCCGUCUUGAUGCUGUCGUAGCUGCAAAAGAUCAUGAAUUGUUCUCUCUAUUACACAUAUUCUUGAACAAUGAUCUCCAUGAUUACAAGGCAUGGGCUGAGAGCCAUGCGGAUGCAUUUACCAAGUACGAUCUCGAUAAGGCUCAACUGGAGCGGAAGAUCAGAUUACUCACACUUGCAACACUCGGCUUCCAAAAUAUUGGUCAUGACGUGCCCUACUCCUCUAUUGCGUCUGCUCUGGAAGUCGAUUCUUCGCAAGUUGAGCGAUGGGUUAUUGACGGUGAAUUCCCACCUAAUCUCGCCCUGAGACAGUUCCUGACGCGCAUGUUGUCACUAGUAAUCCGUGCCGGUCUCCUCUCUGGGCGUUUGUCGCAAACAACACAAACUCUCCACGUCUCCCGUGCGGCCGCUCGCGCAUUUGACCGCCCGCAAUGGGAGACUCUAGAGAAGCGACUUCUGUCGUGGAAGGCAGGGCUCGCUAGUGUGCUCGAUGUGGUUGCUGCGGCGCGAAAGAAAGGGGGCGCAGAGGUAGUCGUAAACGGAGCUGCCAGUGUACCAACUGCCAUCGAACCUGCACCUCAAGCAGCUGCGACUGCAGCAUGA